GAAACUCUGAACACCUCGGACGCUCGUAGCUAUCAUCCCAUUUCUCUUAUGCCAAGCUAGCACGCGGAAGAAAGUUCUCGCAUCUGUUUCUAUUACGCUUUCGACGACAUUUCUUGGGCGCAUCACGAGUAUUUUACGUCCGCGGAAUCUAUGCCUGGAACUCAAGAAGCUCGAGUGGCGGCCGGAGGAUCUAGUACGCUCGACGGAAAGUGUGCUACCAUUAUCUUCAUAUUAAUGCUCCUAGGCUUUGUCGCGGAGAGUCAAUUAACAGAGUAUGUUGAAUCAAGCCGGAACUAUAGACAACCUUACUUCUUAUUUUAUAUUGCCCAUUCUGCGAUGACGCUUAUUUUCCCACUACAUCUCCUCUAUCUUCGCUGCACUACACCGUUCCCAGUAAAGUCAUAUCUACUCGGUCUUUCCAAGUCUUUCAAGGAGAACUUUACAACUGCCUUCUCACCAGCAGCGUCGGAGCUUGGCCAUAAUGGUAUCUUGGACUUUCCGAUACAUAGACUCCUUGCAGUCAUUACGUGGUGUACUGUUGGAAUAACAACUCCAGCCUUGCUCUGGUUUGUUGCUCUUAACUAUGCUUCAGUGAGCGAUGUCACCGCUAUUUGGAAUUCGAAUGCCUUUUGGGCGUACGUCAUGUCAGUCAAAUUGAAACAUACUUCAUGGGAGCCAAGGCGGCUCGCGGCGGUAGUCAUCGCUAGCAUAGGUGUCAUGGUAGUUAUUUACGGGGGUAAUCAUCCGACGGGUUCCUCAGACUCCGAGGACAUCAAGGCGCCAUUUUUCGGGAAUAUGCUCGCGCUAGCCGCUUCAGUGACCUAUGCGCUUUACCAGGUCUUGUACAACAUGUAUGCUGUACCGCCCUCCGAAGCAGAGGAUGAAGACCGAGGUGCCUGGCGUAGGCUGUCGGUCUCGUCAGAUAGCGUGGAUGAAGCUUUAGUUAACGAUGACGACAUUGAAGGACUAAACCUUGCGGACGACGUUGUCUAUCCACUGCCUUUCGGUCUCUACACGAAUGCUUUGACCAGUGGCAUCGGGAUUAUGACCUUGAUCGCUUUAUGGAUACCCAUGCCGAUUUUGCAUCUGACGUCCAUUGAACCUUUUGUCUGGCCAAGCGACACGAAAACUCUGCUAGCGAUCUGCGGGAUUGGCGUAUCCGCCUUAACAUUCCUCGCGACGUUCAUGAUAAUGCUAGCCACUUGGGGGCCUAUCGUUACGUCCGUUGGUGGCCUACUUACUACCGUUCUGGUCAUUAUUUCCGACCUAAUCUUCGGGAACGCCGCUAGCACUUUAACGUUGUGGACUGUGAUAGGAGCGGGCAUGAUAGUGUUCGCUUUCGCCGCACUGGCGUACGAAUCGCUCAAUGCCCACAAGGCUGGUAGUUGAAUUGUCACAGAAGCGUCGUAAUUCCGUCCAUGCAUUCGUCAUUGCAUAUAUACAUUUCAUGCCGAGAAAUUUGAUACAUACAGCAUAGAGAGCAAGGAAGAAAGAAAGAAGGAAAGAAAGGAGUCAAUAGGAACGUCAAAUGAAACCCCUGCACACUUCACCCCCACAAACGCAUGGCGUUCCACUUAACUUCAUCUUACCUUUACCCUUGCCCUUUUUCUUCUCCAUCGCAGUAAUGAUACCCUUAGGGUUAUAAUCAAUCGUAAUCUCCUUCCCCG